AUGAGACUCAGCGUCGCAUCUCUGCUCGCGACUUUCGCAGGGCUGUCCGUGGCCCAGUGGGACAACGAGUCGCCGGCCCCGAUUCAGCUUGCGCCAGCGCCAUGGACGCUCAAGGGCACCGUAUAUUCCGUCACUUUGGUACCACUGUCAAAUGACCUGCCAACAAAGGCGUUCCCGCCUUUGGAACGACAAUACGCCUCCGCCGUGGAAGGCGAGUAUCUCGGUAUUCUCGGCAUGAUUCAGAUCAUUCGAUACACGGAGAGCCCUGUCGGUCCGUAUGAUGAACUGUUGAUUGUACCUGGAUUCUUCAAGUACAACCACACGGAUGCCUCCGGCGUGACUGAGGAGAAGAAGAAUGUGAGGGUCAGCAGGAUCUACGUGAGCCAGAAAUACACGUGCUGGAAUGGAAGAACGAACUGGAACAUCCCCAAGCACCUGGCUCGAUUCGACUGGACGGAAAACGACAAUGGCGAAACAACUGUCAAGGUUUAUCCCUUUGAUACAACCGGGGACUUGAGCGAGUCCACGCCCACAGAAAAGCCCUGGUUCAAGGCUACUUUCAAGCCAGACUUAGUCAACGGGCUGCCCUUCAGCACUGAUCUGUACAAGAUUCUGGGCGUCAACGCAACCUUGGCCCAGCCACCUCUGCCGUCUGCAAACAGCACGUACGAUGAGCUGGCUGGAACCGAUCACUGGGCAGCUACUGUACCGGGCCAAGUCACUGAUAACGCAUCUCUGGGUAUCUUUGACUUGGACCAGGGAGAUGGAGAUGUGGAGGAAGGACAGAAGACGAACGCCGUGGGCGAUGAGUACUUUCCCAACUUCUGGCCGGGACUGUUGCGUCUCAACGCCGGAAUAAAGUUGGAGAAUGCUACCAUCACAUUCAGCGAACCUGAGAUCUGGUCCAACUAG